AUGGGAAAGACCAGCAUCAUCUGCACCGCCGUCGAGCUGAGCAUAGCGGGAAGGAGAAGAAUCAAUCACAGCAUACACAGGUCAAGAGGGGUCGAAGAGCAGAUGGAGCCAAUUCCACCUCCUGUUCAGCUUGGUGAAAUCAAUGAUGAAGAGUUGAAACAGUAUGAUGGGUCUGAUCCGAAAAAACCUUUGCUCAUGGCUAUCAAGGGUCAGAUCUACGAUGUUUCGCAGAGCAGGAUGUUCUAUGGACCGGGUGGACCUUAUGCCUUGUUUGCAGGAAAGGAUGCUAGUCGAGCUCUUGCAAAAAUGUCUUUUGAAGAUAAAGAUCUUAAUGGUGAUCUCACUGGCCUAGGUGCAUUUGAGCUCGAGGCCUUACAAGAUUGGGAAUACAAGUUUAUGAGCAAAUAUUUCAAGGUUGGAACUGUCAAAAGUUCAGUGCCCGUGAGCGAUGGAGCAACUGAAGGUCAAACAGCAGAAGCAACUGAAGGUCAAACAGCAGAGGCAACUGAAGCUGACGCUGCUAAGCCUGCAGAAGAUGGUCCAUCAGCAAGUGUUGAGAAGGAAACUGUGGAAACUGCUGCGCCUGCUGAUGAUGCUGACAAGAAAGAAUGA